AUGCUCAAAUCAUUAAUCUUCCGCAUCGGCGGCUACAACCAAGAUUACAUAUUCCCCACAGUCAACACCCAAGAAGAUGGUUUAGACUGCCUAAAGGACUGCACAGAUUGCACAGUCCACUUUCCGGACAAAUUCCAUAUUGAUAGUGAGAGCAAGAUAUACGGCAAGAUAAAGCCGUUUGCGACGCAUGUGCUCGUUGCGACGGGCAAGUCGGAUUGGGUAUCGAAGCCGGAGUGGGAAAGGGGGACGAUAGUUCAUGCUUUGUGUGAAGCGAAUUCGAAGGAGCGUCUGAUGGUAAACGCCUCCAACCUCACUGCACCCGAAGACAAGUCCUCUACCUCCUCCGCCGAUGGUAAAGAAAAUGCAACAACGGUCUUGUUGUUACCUUCGUUCCAAUUCAUAGACAACGUCACCGUCCCCUACGUGCCCGAACUAGUCUCACGCUUCAUCGACAACGACGACAGCAAUACAUCCUUGACUCCAACGGAAAUUUCAUCAUCAUCAUCACUAAAACCCCGGCCCUGUCCACACGAUUACGUCGUGCUUUUAUGCUCGCACAAACGCCGCGACGCUCGCUGCGGCAUCUCAGCACCUUUAAUCAAAAAGGAACUAGAGCGGCAUCUGCGACCCGCGGGACUCUAUCGAGACGCCAACGACGAACGACCAGGGGGCGCGGGGAUAUAUUUCGUGUCUCAUGUAGGCGGGCACAAGUUCUCGGCGAAUGUGUUGGUUUACCGCCGGCAAGAAGAGCAGCUGAUUUGGUUGGCUCGUAUACGGCCGGAGCAUUGCGAGGGAAUAGUCAAGUAUACGAUUUUGCAGGGGAAGGUAGUGCAUCCGGAGGUUCAGUUGAGGGGCGGUUUUGAUAGGGAGAGGGGGGUUACUAGUUGGUGA